AUGAAAAGAUCAAUAAAAGGGUAAGUUGAAACUAUGCUUUUGUAUUUCUAACACGAUACACUGCAGUAGCAGGAAUUUGAUAUUUCGUUAUGAAAUGACUAUAUCUAAAACACCAAAAUUAAAUAGCCUACAAUUUAAUCUUUCAAGACAGUGCAACAUAUGGGAACAUUACGGGAAAGGCUGUUCCACUUGCUCUUUGCUCUCUUUACCAAGAGGAGCCACGGGAAGCAGAGGUUCCCUUUUGUUUUUAAACUAUUUUUUAAAAUUAUUGUUCUACCAGAACAGUAAAGCAUUUACUUUCAUGAUUAAUCAUGUGUAAGCCAUAUUCAUCGAUUGGCGCCAGUAAGUUUGCUAGCCGUUAUUAAGCUUUGGGAGAUUUCUUCCACAUGGUGACAAAAAAGACGUUUGCUAAGAAGGAAAGCUGAUUUAAAUAACUAUAACCUAUAUAGUGUCCACAAAGUAUACCAAUUAAAGUGCAAUUUGGCAAGAAUUCGCCUUUUCGCUAUCCGUUCCGACAUCCCAACUUUAUCGGCAUUUUGGAAAAAUACUGUGCUUGAAUGCAAUGAUAAAUUAGGUACGGUACAUUAAAUAAUGCAACAAACGGCAUAUGAUAAGUUUUGGUUUAAAAGUUAUCCAGUUGUAAGCCAAAACUCAUGGAUAGGACUAUACAUAUAGAAAUUUGGCCAUAUUUACAGGCUAAAAGGAACUGUAAAAGCUUAAAUUCUUCUUAUCCGUUGGCGUAAUAAUUUGUUUGAUUAUUAGUGAUAUUCGAAUAAAUUGUCCUCUUACUGAUAGGUAUCUAAGGGGCCGAUUACAUGGAGCACUUUCAACCCCCGGAUUGAACUCGGCUCUGAGUUGAAAAUUUUGUCAUGUUAUCGCGCGUUUGAUUUUGAUAGAGUUUUGAAUUACAGGCAGGGCUGAAAUUUCAACCCGGUCAACAGGGCUGAGUUCAACCCCGGGGUUGAAAAUGCUCCAUGUAAUCGACCCUUUAAGUCAGGUCUUGUAAAAAACAGCUCAUAAAAACGUUUGGUUGACAUAUAACGUUGACAACGCCUAUAAAUGCCUAAACACACAUAAAUGGAGCUGUCGCGUCUAUUGAGAAUUUGGCAAAUAUUUGUACUUUCAAUUAAGCUAGAGAGCAUUAUCUUGAGUCAAAUGCGAAAUUCAUUUUAUACUCGUGUGUAUUAAAACUCAAAACAGUUCAGGAUAGUAAUUUUGUACAUAAUACUGACAUCAUCUGUCUCAAUUUUUAGUGUAACUAUGAAUUGGAAAGUUCAAUAUGCCUUAGUUUCCUUCGUUAUUAUGUUAUCAUUAUUUCGCAAUGCCAACGCGAAAAGAAAAGAAAAAUCAAAUACAAUAAAUACGAAUACCCGGAAACAAGUGCCAUACUAUUCAUUGCCUAACGCAUUUCCAGACGUCUAUGGACCCCCUAGUACUUUUGGUAGUGAUCGAGGAACGCAUGGAAAGCCAUACCCUCCGAAACUGGUAGGUAACGAAGACCAUCACGGAUAUGGUGAAGAUAAAAGACAGAAUAAGGUUGGAGGAUGGUGGGGACGUCGUGAUACAUUGGAUGAUAACGAAGACCUUCAUGCAAAUGGCGAGGAGAAAAGACAAAAUAAGGUUGGAGGAUGGUGGGGACGUCGUGAUACAAUUGAUGGUAACGAAGACCUUCAUGGAAAUGGUGAUGAGAAAAGACAGAAUAAGGUUGGAGGAUGGUGGGGACGUCGUGAUACAAUUGAUGGUAACGAAGACCUUCAUGGAAAUGGUGAUGAGAAAAGACAGAAUAAGGUUGGAGGAUGGUGGGGACGUCGUGAUACAAUUGAUGAUAACGAAGACCUUCAUGGAAAUGGUGAUGAGAAAAGACAGAAUAAGGUUGGAGGAUGGUGGGGACGUCGUGAUACAAUUGAUGCUAACGAAGACCUUUAUGAAAAUGGUGAUGACAAAAGACAGAAUAAGGUUGGAGGAUGGUGGGGACGUCGUGAUACAAUUAAUAAUAACGAAGACCUUCAUGGAAAUGGUGAUGAGAAAAGACAGAAUAAGGUUGGGGGAUGGUGGGGACGUCGUGAUACAGUUGAUGGUAACGAAGACCUUCAUGGAAAUGGUGAUGAGAAAAGACAGAAUAAGGUUGGAGGAUGGUGGGGACGUCGUGAUACAAUUCCUG